AAAAUGUAAACAAACAUUGACUUGACUGACAACCUUUUUUAUUCCCUAACCUAACAUUUUCACGUGUUGUAUUUGCUUUGGUGCUUCGUGUGCGAAGGAUUAAUUCUAAAAUUCUUAAUUGUUAAGCGUUUUAGCAAGAAAUGGGAAAUAAAAAGGUAAAAAUAAGCUCAGCGAAAAGAGUGAAGCAUAUUCGAGGAAAAAAGAAUGUGGCCCCGAGUAAAGGGAAGAAAAAAUCCCUGACCACAGUAAAGCACGGGAAACAGAUGAAAGAUGUAAAAGGAAAAUUACAGAAUAAUAAGAUUUCGAGAGGACAUGAUCAACAAAGUGCAAAAGGAAAGAAGAAGCAAAAAAAGAAAUCACAAAUGUCAGGAAUGCCAGAGAUUCACGGAGAUGUAUCAAGCGAUGUUGAUGAUAUCAUGGACAUGAUUGACGAUGAUGAUGCACCCCAUUUGGCUAAUAAUUUCACUGAUGAAUCAAAAAUGGAUAAAAGUAAGGGGAGAAAGAGAAAGAAUAACACGAAUAAUUCCCUGGAUGGGCAUGAAAAGAAAUUCCGGGAGGAGUAUGCAGAGACACGAGGUGAACAAGGGAAAAUACGUGAUCUUUUGCCAAUUAAAACAAAACAUGGCAUUAUUCCACAAUCAAUGGUUCUUGAGGAUGAAGAGGUAGACGAAGAUUCUCCAGAGGAAGUUGAAGAACCUACGGAGGAAAAUGAUUCGGAAGUAAAUGAUUCAGACGAUGAAAUUAUCCGGGACCGUUCGUCAGAAGUUGAAGUAAAGACGGAGAAUACGGCUGUAUCUGUGGCAGAUUUGUUGACACACCGAGAGCAGGAAGUGCAAAAGCAGAAAUAUCGCAUUGGAAUAAUUUGUUCAGGGAUUUUGGAGCGUCCUGAGGAGAGAAUAAAAAAUUUCUCCUCCCUUUUCGAUCUUAUGGGAAGAGUGUCAAAGGAGGGCAGUGCUAAUCUUAUCUCCGUCCGAAAGGUAGCACUCCUUUCAGCCCUGGAAGUUUUUAAAGACAUCAUUCCUGAGUAUAAGCUGGGUGUUGUGGAGACGGAGAAUGUUAAACUUAAGAAGGAUACACUUCUCCGGGUUACUUUUGAGAAUAUUUUAUUGCAGCAAUACAAAAAGUAUCUGCAGAUUCUUGAAAGAAUUACCAUGACUGUGUCCAAGAAGAGACCUUCAGGGGAAGGUCCAUUGACGGAUGUUCAGAUCAGCUUAGCUCAGGUAGCUACGAACUGUCUCUGUGAACUUAUUCUUGCACAUCCCAAUUUCAACUUCAGCACAAACAUUGGACAAACUCUUGUGUACCUAUCAAACAAUCGCUUUCCUCAAAUUCGAGAGAAAGUCAAUGGAUGCUUCAGAAAUAUCUUCAAAACGGAUAAGCGCCUUGAAUUGACACUACACAUUAUUAGACGAAUUAAUCAUCUCGUUAAAACUAAGCAGAACAACGUCCAUUGUGAAGUUCUCACCUGUCUCACGUCCCUCUACAUUAAGAAUAUUAAUUUGGAUGCAGAUAAGGAGAAGGAAAUUAAAGAGAAAAAGCUGGAAGCGAAGAAGAGUCGUGUGAUGAAUUUAUCAAAGAAAGAAAGGAAACGACAGAAGAAGCUAAAGGAGUUGGAAAAGGAACUUCUGGAGACGAAAGCUGAAGAGAAUAAGGAAUCACGACAACAUAAACUUACUGAAAUUACAAAACUUAUCUUUAAUAUCUACUUCCGGAUCCUCAAGAAUGAUCCCAACUCAAAGCUUCUCGCUACAACACUCGAGGGUCUUGCAAAAUUCGCUAACGUAAUUAACAUGGAGUUCUUCUCGGAUCUUGUUAAUGUGCUCAAUAAUAUCAUGGAGUCUGUGGAUCUUGAUUAUCGGGAGCAGUUACAUUGUAUACAGACGGUUUUUGUAAUGCUUUCGGGACAGGGAGAGGUUCUCAAUAUUGAUCCGAUUCGUUUCUAUAAUCAUCUCUAUCGGAAUAUGCUUUCGGUGCACGCUGGGAAGAAUCACGAGGAUUUCCUGAUUAUUCUAAGAACGCUGACAGAGGUUCUGGUAAAGCGACGUAAGGAUGUGACGUACCAGAGAUUGCUGGCCUUCACCAAACGCGUUAUGACAGCAUCAUUGCAAUUACUGCACAACGGAUCACUGGGAUGUAUCUGUGUGGCUAAGAAUAUGCUUCAGUUGACUUCCAAAGCAGUGGAUGUUCUCCUGGAUACGGAGACUUUUGUUGGGUCUGGGAAAUAUGAUCCAGAACUCCCAGAUCCUGAGUACUGCAAUGCAAACUGCACACUUCUCUAUGAAGUAUCUGCUCUCAUGAGGCACUAUCAUCCCACUUGCGUGAAAAUGGCUAAGCAUCUAGCAUCCGGAGCUCCUAUAAGUGGUGAAGGAAGUCUCAACAUGGACGUGGCGAAAUUAUCGCCAGAGGAACUUUUUGAAAAAUUUGAUAGUUCUGCAAUGACCUUCAAUCCAGCCAUACCGCCACCUCGCAUGAAGGAUGCCAAGAAUGCAAAAGGUCUCUUCUUCUUCUCCAAUGACACACUGAGAGAUCAAUGUAGUGAAGCACUUAGGAAACCCAUCCAUGCUUCCAAAUCCAGCGAAAUUCUUGAUUUUCACGCGUCGCUGUACAAAGGAAUAUCAUCAAGAGAUAAGUAACGUCCCUUUCUUCUGUUGUAUUUUCCUUUUUAUUCAUAAAAAAAUGAAGAGAAAAAGGUAAAAAUAAUGUUUUUCUGCCGAGAAAGAAAUUCAAUUGUCCCUGGAAAAGUUGAAUGAGGCGAAGAAAAAUUAAAUUGCAAAUCAGUGCCUUCUUUCAUACAAUUCUACAAAAUAAAUUGUUUUUAGAGUUUA